GAUCCCACUGUGACUUUUAUUUCCAAGUCUUGGAAUCCGGAAUCGGACUGGUCGUAUCCACACAUGGACUAUGCUUUUGCCGCUGUUUUUUUGUUUGUUUUCGCAUUAGAGGAAACUUUAUCAGCUACUGUUUUCAAGUGGACUGCUUUCUAGAGUCAGAGCCAUGAUUUGCUUGCUAAGGUGGACUGCUCUCAUUUGGACUGUGAGUUCCAUUCCUUGCACUUUAGGGAUGGCAGUGAGCGAACAAGCAGAUGGCUCGUGUCCCCCUCUGACUGUAGAGGAACACAGGUUUUCUGAUAUUUUAGAUCGUCCCCUGGAAAUCACAGGAUUUGAUCUCACAGAAACGUUUCUUCUCCGAAAGGGAACAACCGCAGAAGACCUGCCAUCGUUUCGAUUAGGAAGCAGUCCACUUAUUAAGCCAACAAAAUUGAUAUUUCCAAAUGGUCUUCCGAGCGAGUACUCCCUUGUGUCCAUCUGGCGGGUAAGAAGGACUACAAAAAAAGAUCGCUGGUAUCUUUGGCAGAUAUUUGACCAGUCAGGAGGCAGUCAGGUAACAGUUGUGGUUGACGGCGGUAAGAAGGUGGUGGAGUUUUCUUUCCAGGGCCUGCUAAAGAACACUCUCCGCUACACUUUUAAAAGCCGUGACCUCCAUGCCCUGUUCGAUCGCCAGUGGCACAAGCUGAGCAUUUCUGUACAGACCAAUGUUGUCUCCAUUUACAUGGACUGCAAACUAAUAGAAAAAAGAGUGACUGAUGAGAGGGCAAGCAUUGACCCCAGUGGGCGCUCACUGGUCACUACGCGAAUAGAAGAUGGACGGCCUGUAGAUAUUGAACUGAAACAAUUUCUAAUCUACUGUGACCCUUACAUGGCUGAGCUGGAAAAUUGCUGUGAGCUCCAGGAGCCAAAGUGUGGAGCUGAGAAGACAUUUAAUGGGACUGCCCCUCCCCUGGUUUCAGCUCAAAUCCCCCUGAUGCUGUCUCAGCCGGCCUCACACUCCAAUGACAGAUGUCGCUGCCCAGCUGAGAAGGGAGAGGCUGGUCUUCCAGGUGUAGUUGGACUGCCAGGACAGAAAGGAGAUAAAGGGGAAAAGGGGGACAGAGGGGAGGCCGGGUCCACAGGAAACCCUGGACCUAAGGGGGAACUUGGAUCAGAAGGGCAAAAGGGAAUCGAUGGAGAGAACGGUUUGAAAGGUGACCCAGGGCCAGUUGGUCCAGUUGGUCCCAAAGGAACCAAAGGUGAUGCGGGUCUGCCUGGAACUCCAGGGCUGCCUGCUGACAAAGAAUGUCUGAAAGGAGAUCAGGGUCCCCAAGGUGAAAAAGGAGAGAAGGGAUCAGCUGGAGAGCCUGGUCAGCCAGGGGAACCAGGGAAAGAGGGCAAAAGGGGGCGGAGAGGAAAUCCAGGAGACCCUGGACCCAGAGGCCUGCCUGGUCCCCCAGGAACCGCCGAAGGAGCAAGUGCCAAGGGGGAGAAGGGGGAGUCUGGAGUCCCGGGAGAAAAAGGGGAGAAAGGAGAAAGAGGAGAUCCUGGUCAGCCAGGUGCCGAGGGAUCCAGCGGCAUGAAAGGACAAAAAGGUGAUGUUGGCCCUCCUGGCCCUCCAGGUCCUGUGAUGACAGCUCAUGGAUUAAGACAGCUUUCUGGAACUGAUGAAAUGAAGGAAAGAGGCCUAAAGGGAGAAAAGGGAGAUGAGGGGGAGAAAGGCUCUCAAGGACCGCAAGGCUUCAAGGGAAACAUGGGGCCCCCAGGAGUAAAGGGAGAUCAAGGACCAGAGGGCAAGCAAGGUCUUCCCGGAUCCACUGGACCCCCAGGACUCCCGGGCAAGCCAGGCUCGCCAGGGGAACCAGGGGUGCCCGCAAAAGAUGGACCAAAAGGAGAAAAGGGGGACUCUGGUGGAGUGAUUGGGCCACCAGGACCUUCAGGUCCUAAGGGUGAGCCUGGCGAACCUGGGGGUGGAUACAUGGGCGACGGGUUGUCUUUAACUAGAGGGUCUCGUGGACCUAAGGGUGAGAGAGGCAUCCCAGGAUUGCCUGGAGACAUUGGGGAGAAGGGCGAACCUGGGGAGAGCAUUACAGGGCCACCUGGCCCCAUGGGACCUCCCGGGAAGCCAGGGAUUGAGGGCUCUCGUGGCCCCCUGGGUCCAUCUGGCCCCCCUGGAACUCCAGGAAGAGAGGGCUCCCCUGGUAGGCCAGGUCCACCGGGGCCUGCUGGACCUCCAGGUGAACCAACUGCCCUGCCAAUUUUUGGAGACAUGGGUGCUUUACUUAAGAAUGCCUGCAGUGUGUGCCAGACGAGAGUCCCAGGGCUGCCUGGACAGAAGGGAGAAAAGGGGUCCCCUGGAGUGCCAGGAGUAGAGGGCUUGGUGGGAGAAAAGGGGGAUCCUGGUGUCAGAGGUCCGAUGGGUAACCCAGGAAAAGAAGGCCCAAAGGGGCUAAAAGGAGAGAGAGGGUUCCCAGGCCCUACAGGAGAUAAAGGCGAUGAGGGCCCUUCAGGAGCACCAGGACUACCAGGUGUGCCUGGUCGAACAGGGGCCCCAGGACUCAUGGGUAGACCAGGUCCAAUGGGCCAGCCUGGAUCCAAAGGAGACAGAGGAAAUGAAGGACCUCCAGGUAGACCAGGGCCUCCAGGGCCUCCGGGCAACGGGAUGGGCAGCUUGUACAAGCCACAGAGUGGUGGAGCUAUUUUAGGACCCCCUGGGGCUCCUGGGGCUCCGGGUCCCAAAGGAGAUGAAGGACCUGCAGGGGAACCAGGGCCCAUGGGAUUACCUGGGCUUGAAGGGCUGCCAGGUGCUAAGGGGGAUAUGGGCUUGCCUAGUCCACCUGGGACGCCAGGUCCUCCAGGAAAGCCCGGCGCUCGUGGAGAGCCAGGGAUCCCAGGAGAGCCGGGUGAGAGGGGUCCGCUGGGAGAGACAGGAUUCCCUGGGCCCGAGGGACCCCAAGGUGUUCCUGGGAGACCUGGAAAAGAUGGAGCUCCGGGAUACCAGGGAGCUACAGGUAGACAAGGCGAAAGAGGAUCCAAAGGAGAGCGUGGUGAUCCAGGAAUUCCUGGAGAAAGAGGUAUUCAGGGCGAUAGAGGUCGCCCAGGAGACCCUGGCUCGAUCGGACCCCAAGGCCCAAAAGGUGACCCUGGCCCUCCAGGACACCUGGGGAGUGCAAGCCUCCUGGAUGACUCCAGCUUCACAGAGGAACUCCGGAUGUUCAUCCGAAAUGAAGUAUCGAGGAUUGUUAACGAGAAGCUGUCUAGUAAUGCCAUGCUACAGAAGACACCUGCAGGCAUCUUAGCACCGCAGAUCCAAGGACCUCCAGGACCUCCUGGAAAGGAUGGAUUACCGGGCUCGCCAGGAGAGCCUGGACCUCCUGGAAUCAGGGGUCAGAAAGGAGAGCGAGGCCAACUUGGUCUGGGGUUACCAGGAGAUCCAGGACCCAUGGGGCCACCAGGCCCACCUGGGAUCUCUUCUCGGGGCCCUCCUGGCUCUCCAGGGCCCCGUGGACCCGCUGGCACUUGUGACCCCAGUGACUGUCUUCUUCCAUCUUUGUAAGCCCAGCAGAGCUAUUAUGAAGACAGCUCUCCAGCUCUGAGCUCAGCGCUGCAGCCACACAGCAGGGGAAGCUGGGAGAGACUCACCGCUGACCUCUUUUUGUUCACUUUACUACAACACUUGGAUGCUGUCGGGGUUUUGUUUUUCUGGGAUUGCUGUUGGGUUUGUUUUGAAUGCAGCUGAGAUCUCUUUGCAACGCAGUACUUUUAAGUGAUUUUCUUCUUUUGUUUUGUUUUUUUUCACAUCCUCUACUGUGACAUGAUGCAUUCCUUGUCAACUCUCAACAUGUCUUUCAAGACCAUGAAAUGACUCCUGUCUGAAAAACACCAUCUUAAUUAUGUGUUUGCCUCUUUAAUGGGCAUGUCUAUGCACUCUUCUGCUCGCAUUCAGAUAAGCUGUUGUGCUGACAGAAGGUACAUCUCAUGUUUCUGUGUUCUUGUGUGCGUGUGUUUGCACGUGUUUCUGUGUGUUUGAGGAACGGAUUAGCUGAACGAAUGUACUUAUUGUGCGUGUAGGUGUGAGAAAACAGCAGAUUUAUGAAAUGCCUUAUGUAACCAAAGUGCAGCCGACAUGUCUGAUAUAGAAAUUAUUUAUUUUAAACAUGUUCAAGAAUGUAUUUUGAAAAUGGUAAUAAUGAAUGUACUAAAUGUAGCAUGAAUAUUGAGUAACAUUAUUGCUAGAAAGUGGAUUUUCGGAUUACUCAUAAUCCUGAUAGAGCCUCUCGUGACACCUUUGCAUUGUGUACAAUGAUCACUUUUAAAAGAACCUGCCGUAUAAUUGUUGGUUAACAUGUCUUCCCGUUUUUCUGUGAGUCACGAGUUGUUACUGAGCAGUCAUCGUUGAGGUUUGCCAAAGCUUUUGUAAGACGAAACCCACAAACAGCUCACUGACACUGUCUGGAGCUUUUUGCAAGACUUUUACAUCAAGGGCCGAUUUUAUUUAAUUUUUUUUUCCACCUGAAAUGAAUGUACUUUAAAUGGCGUUUGUGUUGAGUGAGUGUAGUGUGACCCUUCAUUUACCUUUACUGUUGAGUUCAUCUGUAAAUAGUGGAUUGUGUAUUUUUUUUCCUAUUUCUUGUCUAAUGGGGCUUGUUAAGGGACCUGAAAAUAUAAUUUCAUGAGCAAGUCGUCAUUGUAAAAACACGUUAAGGUUCACACUUGUGUUAACAAUCACACACUGCUGCAGAUUAUUAACAUAUAUUGUUUACAAGGUGUCAUGUAUGACGAUUCCUCUGGUUUUUAUGUAUAUUUUUGAUUUUCAUAAACACAAAGGAGAUCAGAAUACUACACUACAACUGAUAGGUCAUACUUUCAUGUACUUGAACUUUCUUCCUGGUUGUUGCAAUUGCAUCACGGUGUUUGAACAGUUGGUUUGCAGGGAGCUGUAAGACUGGAGUUUUAAUUUAUUUAUUUGUCAUACAUUUUCAGAAGCCUUUUUUAAUUUAAACAGGCCACUUACUGUACUGUACAUCUUAUGCAGAAACUCACACUUUAAGGAUGAAACUAAAUACUCUAAGGAUGACAAAAAAAAGAAAAUCCACCGUUCAGACUUUGGAUUUCAAUUUAUUCCCUUCUUUAAAAGUUUUUGUUCACUUGUUCCUUCAAACUUUAUAAUCUCACUAAACAAUAAACUUUUUAUGUAGAAGAAAAAGAUAAUUAGCCUGUAGUGUAUAUUGCUUUCCUCAGGUUUUCAUUUUGAGCUCUGUUUAAUUAGAGCUUGAUGCAAAGGCUUUAAUUUUACUUUUAAAGAGUCCUGCUGUGAUUAAUGUUUGAAACGUUCUGUGGGUGUAUCUGAAAUUUUUUUGACAUUAAGAACUUGGUUCUUUCUGUAUUUCCUUUAAGAUCUGUUUGACACUUUUUUCUUUGUACUUCAUAGUCAUUAUGCUUCUCUUAUACAUGUAAAUUUUAACUCACAUCUUACUGAGUAGCUGGAGAGCAUUUUUUUUUUUUUUUUUUUUACAUUUUUCUCAGCAUGCCAGCUUGGUUUUAUCUCUGCUAUAUUUUAUCAGACUGAGUGGGUCUAAUUUUAGAAGAGUACUGAAUCAAACGCUUGCCACAAACUUCAUUUGUGAGUUGAAAGAGCCCCCUGCUGGAUAUGUGUUUCAUAGCUUGUAAUGUGAAUGGGAAACUGUUAUUCUUUGCUUUGUAGGCCACACUAAAUCUCCCCCUUCUACCGGCUUCUGUCCUUUCAUCAUGCUAAUUUUCAUAUUUGGUUUUAAUGGCUUCCUGUCAGAGACAAUAACAUUGACCUUGCUGAGAUUCAAAUGAGACCGCAUCAGCAAACUAAUGUGACCUAAACUUUUUCGGUGUGCUGAUGAGAGCACCUCCCUCCAUAUAUUGAAUUUAGCUUGAAUUGAUAUUAAUGUGCACCAGUUUGCGACUUCAGUUUAGCUAAACUGUAUAAUCAGUAGGGAGGACACAAAUUAGCUGCUGAUGACACAGCUCACUUCACUAGAAAUUUGAAGCCAUUCAUAUUACUCCAAUUGUUCUAAGUGGAAAAUGUCAGAUGAAAGCAAACUCAUGGACGGAGUCAUUGAAGCCUGAAACAUCCUAAAACAAUAACACCACUUUUGUGGAUUCAUGUUUCUUUUUCUUUUUUCUUUUUUCCAUAUUCUCUACAGUAAUGUAAGCUGAUCUGGUUGCCACAUAUGAUCUAAUCUUGUAAGCAAGCCUGUAAUGAGAUAUAAUACGUAGCAGCCUCUCAGCGUGGUCCCUAGGAUUAAAAAUGUCUGCCUGCUGAUUUCAGUGAAACUGAUCUCUGCUCUUUUAUAAGCUCAUGUUGUGCCGUGUGACAUUAAUGCUUGUUCUGUGUUGAGCACCUACCUCAGUCUUCUUUUACCACAGCUACAUGAUCAGAUAUUUUUGGGAGGGAAAGGAAUACCAAAACAACUGUUGCCUUUUACUGACAAAGCAAAUGAAAACCUCAUGUGUAUGUAAAACACUUAGAUUACAGUCUUGGAUGUUGACAUCAGUUGGUGUGCUGAAGUGUUGACAGAGAACAGGUGCGGCGAUGUUUCUGGUGUGUGUGUGUGUGUGUGUGUGUGUGUGUGUGUGUGUGUGUGUGUGUGUGUGUGUGGCGGGGGUGUGAUCCAGUGCGUGUGUGGUUACCAGGCACCAGAGGUUAUAUUUUACACGUUUCUUUUAUUUACACUGAUUAAUGGCAUCUGCCUUACACGUGUGCAAUAAAUGUUAUUCAGUGCUUGAUUUCCUGUGUUAUGCUAUAUAUUCUGCAUUUACAAGGCUUGGUUUCCACUUCUUUUCAAUAAAUCUUAUUCACAUAACAACUGCUGUUUCUGUGAAUGUUUGUUUUUUCUUAGCCAAGUUACCAUUUCUACAAUUUUUUAAUUUUUAAUUUUUAUGUAAAGCAGUAAAGGUAAUAACGAGCGAUGUGUUUAAAACCAGUUUGAAAUGAAACUAUUUAAGCAGCUGUGACAUCAAAGCAGCAGCUGAGACAAAUGUUGUCGCUGCAACG